AUGGCAAAGACUGUUCUGACCGAAGAGCGCCUCGCCACCGCGCUCUUUCUUGCUCGUGUUGACGAUGGUGGUCACGAGAAGCUGCUGCGCCGAGGAGCCCCACGGCAUUCAAAGUGCAAGGCCCAGUGCGCGUGGGUAGCGACGCAGCCGCCGGCACUCGACGUUCCUGAGCCCGAGCUGCAAGAGCUCUGCAUCGGAAGCAUCCUCGAGAUCGGCCACCUCCUCGUAGCCAGCCUCGCGCAGCACCUGUGGCAACGCCCGGCGUCCGGCGCCGCCCUGCCGUCUUGCUCCACCGCCGCCCUGCCGGCUUGCUCCACCGCCGCCUCGGAGCGCAAGCGAAUGAUGUCGAGUAGCUGA